UUCCAGUGUUCAAAAAUCAAAACAACAGCGGCUCUCAACUCAACCACGCACUCACUCACUCACCCAGGUCACCCAGCGCGCUCAGCAGUAGUACACAUGAUACCGUUAUCAUAAACCGGUGGCCAUUGAUGAUGUUCCUGGUCAAACUGUCCGCUUGGGUGACUUUCCUGUUUUAUUUGUUCGCCACAACGGUGCUGUACUGGUUUUUGAACGGUUCCUAUCACUGGAAUCGUCUCUGGCACCGAUGGACCGUUCCCUCAAGGGUGCAAUAUGAGUACAUCAUCGUGGGAACCGGUACGGCUGGGUCGAUUGUAGCUGCCGGCAUUCCCUCGUCGGAUGUUUUGGUCCUGGAAGCUGGUUCCAUGAGAGCGGGGCUGAUGGAUAUCCCCCUAAUGCAGCCCUUGCUACAGAAAACCGCCUACGAUUGGCAGUACCGUACUGAGUCACAAAAAAGUGCUUGUGGAGCCAUGGUUGGUAAGAAAAGUUUCUGGCCCUCAGGGAAAGUUUUCGGUGGAUCCCACGUCUUCAACAAUAUGGUACACUAUCGGGCUCAGAGAGAGGAUUUCGAAGGAUGGUUCUCGGGUGAUAAUCAAUUGAACCAGUUUAUGGAAUAUUUCCAACGAUGGGGUGAAGAUGAACUGCUUCAAAUGGAAGACACAAAAUUUGGGACUAGUUUAGGGGAAGCUUUCAGUCUUGCUGGCGCUUCUCUAGGAUUGAAGGAAGGAUCUUUCUACAGACCUAAUGUUACUACCAGGAAGGGAGAUAGAUGGACUACAAGUCAUUUUUACGAGCAACAGAAACGUGAAGCACACGAAUUGAUAUUUAAUGCUUUGGUCUUGAAGGUGUUGAUCGAAAAAGAAAUUGCUGUUGGAGUCGUUUUUGAGAAAGAAGGCCGUAUUCAUGAAAUACGGGCAACCAAGGGCGUAAUUUUAUCGGCAGGAACAAUUGGUAGUUCCAAAAUAUUACUCCAAAGUGGAAUAGGACCAAAAGGACAUCUUGAAACGAUUGGCACUAAAUCGAUUGUUGAUUUACCGGUGGGAGAAAACCUACAAGAUCAUGUUUCCACUGGCAUGGACUUGGUUUUACUAUCGAAAAAACUUCCGUUGGAUCCGUUAAGCAUACUAAGUCCGUUCAAUCUGAUCAACUAUAUAUUCAAAGAAGGAAACGAUUCUUCCAUAUCCUUUGGAGGAUGUGAAAGUUUAAUUAGCUUAAGGUCCCUAAAUUUAGGUUACAUGGUUCUCCCGGUUGGCCUGACAAUCGACUCCGGACGAAACCUUUACAAAAUGAUAAAUCUGCGCCAGGACGUUUGGCAAAAAUAUUACCAACCAUUGAUCGACAACAAUCAACAGUCCGUAACGGUUCUUCCUAUUCUUCUGAGUCCAGCAAGCAAAGGAUUUGUCCGACUACAAUCCAAAGAUCCGCAUUCCAAUCCAAUAAUCCAGCCGAACUACCUUCAGGCUGAAUCGGACGUUCAAACUCUAAUAAAGGGAAUAAAAAUUCUAGAAAAACUUUUAUCACAACCAGCACUGCAACAAUUGGGCGCUGAACUCAACCCCAAACCAUUUCCGGGUUGUGAAACCCUGUCAUUUGGUACAAAUCCAUAUUGGGAAUGUUACGUGAAGCAACUAACACUCACCGUGUAUCACCCGAUUGGCACUUGUCGGAUGGGUCCGGUCGAUGACGACGAAGCCGUUGUUUCUAACAGAGAUUUUUCUGUGCACAAACUUCAACGGCUUUUCGUGAUAGACGGGUCAAUUUUGCCAAAUCUUCCAAGUGGUAAUCCUAAUUCCGUUAUUGUAGCAUUGGCCAAAUAUUUUCUCAAUGUUAAGUUUUCUGUUAAGGUUUAGGUUAAAAAACCGAAUAGUGAAAGUGUUUGAUGUUUAAAAGAUCAAUAUAAAAUUAAACUUUUACCUUAUUUAUAGAUAUAUUUUUAAGAAAAAAAAGAAGGUAAAAAGGUAUAUCAACGUUAACCUGUUAAGAAACAAAUAUCUGGCACGAAAUUCUUAACAAAAUUAUUGAAAAUUACUCAAAAUCGGGUUUUAAUCAAAACAUUUAAGUUUCGAAUACGUAAAGAAAAUUGACAAAGCAUGUUCUGUGAUAUUUGAUAUCAUUUAAAUUUAAAAUUUUUAUAAAUACAUGAAUAAAAUGAAAAGUUACAAAGUUCAA